AUGAAUGUGAUUGUGGACACCAUCAUAUUUUUGGGAAAAUUUCUGUACUACUUUUUAGAAUCUUUAGUUUACAAGAUAAUUCCCAAGAACAAAAAGAAAGUCUCUGGAGAGAUUGUACUUAUCACAGGAGCUGGAAGCGGACUUGGGAGGCUCUUAGCCAUACAUUUUGCCAAGCUUGGGGCCAUUUUAGUUCUCUGGGACAUUAAUCAAGAAGGCAAUAUGGAAACAUUCAGACUGGUCAAAGAAACAGGUGAUGUGAAAGUCUUUGCUUAUAAGUGUGACUGUAGCAACAGACAAGAGGUCUACAGAGUUGCUGGUCAGGUCAGAAAAGAAGUUGGUGAUGUGACUAUUCUUAUUAACAACGCUGGCAUCGUAACAGGAAAGCCUUUUCUGGACAUUCCAGAUCACCUAGUGGAAAAAUCGUUCCUUGUCAAUGCCUUCGCUCAUUUCUGGACUUGCAAGGCUUUCCUUCCUGCCAUGAUUAAACUCAACCGUGGACACUUGGUCUGUAUUUCGAGUGUUGCAGGGUUAGUUGGUAUCAAGGGACUCUCAGAUUAUUCUGCAAGCAAAUUUGCAGCAUUAGGCUUUGCUGAGUCUCUCUUUCUGGAAUUAACUAUGCAAAAAAAAACUGAAAUUAAAACCACCAUCGUCUGCCCAUAUCUCAUGAAAACUGGGAUGUUUGAUGGCUGCACAUCCAAGUAUUCAUUUCUAUUACCCUCACUGGAACCAGAAUAUGUGGCCAAAAAAGUUUUAGAUGCCAUCUUAGAAGAACGAGUUUACAUAAUUAUACCCAAAUUUGCAUAUGUGGCCUUGAUCCUUAAACAAAUAAUCUCUACAAAAAUGAUGAUAGCCCUUGGUGAGUACCUAGGAGCAGACACAUUCAUGGCUUCUUUCAAAGGGAGAGAGAAGGCAAAUGAACUUCAAUCUGAACCUGAGAGAAAACACCAAUAG